CUCUCUCUCUCUCUCCUUUGCUCUUCCUCUCUCUUUCUGUCCCACCCUCAGACACCCACACACACACACUCUCUCUGUCGUCCUGUCCGUCCGUCUGAACCAGCACAGCAUCUCUUAUCUUCUUUUCUCCUCUCUCUUAUUUGUCACAUCAUGUCUGCAAACGGCGCCGACGGGGACUUGCUGCAGAUCCCUCUGGGUCUCAUCAACAGCGAGGGGAAGUAUCUGACGGCGGAGACCUUCGGCUUCAAAAUCAACGCCUCGGCCAGCAGCCUGAAGAAAAAGCAGACGUGGACACUGGAGCAGACCGGGGAGGACGGCAGCGUCGUGUUCCUCCGGUCCCACCUGGGCCGCUACCUUGCCACGGACAAAGACGGAAACGUGACUGCGGACAGCGAGACUCGGGGCCGGGACUGCCGGUUCGUCAUCACCGAAGCCAACGGGCGGUGGUCGCUGCAGUCCGAGCCACACGGUCGGUUCCUCGGUGGCAGCCAGGACCGGAUCACCUGCUUUGCUCAGACAGCCUCACCGGCGGAGCAGUGGAGCGUGCACCUGGCCGUGCACCCGCAGGUCAUCCUCUACAGCUUCGCGCGUAAACGCUUUGCUCACCUGAGCCCCCAGGAGGUGUCAAUAGACCGGGAUGUGCCCUGGGGGGUUGACUCGCUUGUGACAUUGGUGUACAGGGACCAGCGCUACCAUCUGGAGACGUCUGACAACCGAUUCCUCCGCAAUGACGGCAGCCUGUCCACAAAAACGGACAAAGACACCGGGUACAUGCUGGAGUUCCUCUCCGGUAAAGUGGCAUUCCGCGACUGCAAUGGUCGCUACCUGGCACCCAUAGGCCCCACCGGCACAAUGAAGUCUGGGAAGGGCACCCGGGUCGGGAAGGAUGAACUGUUUGGCCUGGAGCGGAGCCACGCGCAGGUCGUGCUGACUGCGGGGAACGAGAGAAACGUUUCCACGAGGCAAGGCAUGGACCUGUCAGCCAAUCAGGAUGAAGAAGGGGACCAGGAAGUCUUCCAGAUGGAGAUGAGCCGUGAGGACAGGAAGUGUGCCUUCAGAACUGCUGCUGGGAAAUACUGGACCCUGACAGCAACCGGAGGACUGCAGUGCACCGCCUCCACCAAGUCUGCCAACAGUUUCUUUGAACUGGAGUGGCGUGACGGUCGUGUGUGUGUACGUGCAGCAAACGGCAAGUAUGUGAUCGCCAAGAAGAACGGACAACUAGCUGCUACUGUUGACAACCAAGGAGAGGCUGAGCAGUUCCUGAUGAAGCUGAUCAACCGCCCAAUCAUCGUCCUGCGUGGAGAACAUGGUUUCAUCGGGGCUCGUAAAGCAGGAACUGCGACUCUCGAUUCCAACCGAGCAUCCUAUGAUGUUUUCCAGCUGGAGUUCCACAACGGAGCGUACGCCCUGAAAGACUCCCAGGGGAAGUAUUGGUGUGUUGGAGAUGACACAGCAGUGGCGUGCAGCAGUGCCACACCUGUCCAGUUCCUCUUUGAGUUCUGCGACCUCAACAAGAUGGCAAUCCGUGCUCUGGGAGGGAAGUACCUUAAAGGAGACCACGCCGGGGGGCUAAAGGCCAGCGCCGACUCCGUGGAUAAUGCCACCCUUUGGGAAUACUGAGAAAGCACAACCGGACUCCACCAGUAUCUGACACGAUGCGUCUAACUAUUAAUAGAUCCUGUAGGUAGCUGUUUUUUUGCAUAAUAUGUGUGUGUGUGUGUAUGUGUAUGUGUGUGCGUGUGCGUAACUGAAUUUGUUUGGAUGAACAUGUGGUUGAAAUGAAAGCUGAUAAACUGGAAGUUAUUGCACCAAAGCACUUCAGGUGUUUUAUUGUUUUUCUUUCUCAAUCCUUAUCUCUUCUCCUUUUUACUGGAGAUUUGGAUUUCCAUUCACUCUUAAAUGAAUGAAUCAUUGUGUGGUUGAGCAUUAUUUGUUUCACUUACAGUCAAACUUUACACGAGCUGUACCUGAUAUACGUCGGGAUGAUUACUGCGAUUAUUAGUCGAGCCUAUCUGUGGUAACUACUGGUGUAAACGAACACGUAGACGCUAUAACUCAUAAUUUACAAUAUCUAACCUUCUCCUGUUCAGUGUCCUGCUGCCUCUAUUGCUCCGCUUUCAUCUCCUGCUCUCUUUCAAACUAUAAAGCAUAGCACACAUCAGAUAAAGGGAUGUUACUGAUUUACAUGUUUCAGCUGUAAAUAAUGCUUUUUCUUUGUCACUGAAUGCUUCAAAGACAGAGUAACCAUGGAAAACUAUGUGAAAAAAAGUGUUUCUAAAGAACAAAAUGGGAUGUGGCUGGCAGAUCUAACAUGUACUUCGCUUGUGCGCUACUUAAUGCACCUUUCCAGUUUUCUCUCCUCAAUCUUCAACGUGCAGACAGACUUAAUCUGUGUAGCCAGAUGUAUCGUCAGUAGUCUGUAGUCAAAAGUUUCCCUUCAAGACUACAUUCACUAUGUUAUUUCUGGUUCCUUAAAUGAAUGUACGGUUUCAAAGAAACAAAUGAAAGGAUUGGAUGAGUGAAAGAAGCUUUGAAAUUUACCCAGCAACUAAAGGAGCCUUCUUAGUUCAAAUGAUCAUCUUUUCUGUAAAAAGGAAGUGAUGCGUAGGGCCUAGUGGUCACCACACACUGCACACUCAAAAGCACAUUAAAUAGACUGAAAUAUGCAGUCAUAGAUAUAUUAAUUCCAAUUGUGACAAGCCAGCGACUCAAAAUCUGCACAAUAAUGUAGUCAGUGUUGACUUGAAAGAAAUUAAAAGCACAUGUUUGUUGUGAUGAAAUGUCUGCCUUAGAUUGGGUCCUGCUGCUGUUGUGUGAACACAAUGACGGAGUCAUCUCUCUGACGAUCGUUGUGGCUGUGCCUUCCAUUUCAGCCUCUUUUCAUGUUCUUAUACAUUUGACCUCAACUGAGUAAAAACCCCAAUAAAGUUU